AUGUCAAGUACCAGACCUGAUCUUAAGUUUAGUGACAAUUUGGAAGAAAGAAAGUACUAUAAUAAGUACUCUCAGUUACCCAAUAAGUCUCUGAACACCAUCAGAUUCACUGAUCACAACAACAAGGAUUAUUUCACUGCCCUUGAUGAAGAUGCUGAUUUAAUUGCUGAUAAUAUCUAUAAGACGCAAUCGGUCAUCAAAUAUAAUCAAAAUAAGAAGAAUAGAUACGUUACUAUUUCGCCUCAAGUAUUCUUGAACAAUGCAUUGAAGUUCUGUCUUAUUGAAAAUACCUUCAAAGUUGAAAUCUACGAUAAAAAUUUCAAUUUAAUAGUUAUGGGAUCACCAGGGAAUUUGGAGAAUUUAUCCCAACAUUAUAACGUUGAUUUAGAGAACAUGUUCGUUGAUGGAUCAUCUCCAAUCACUGCAGCUAUCAAAUUUACCAGUCAAGGUAAUAAUAAGAAAGUCGGAAUUUGUCUUAUCAAUUUGUCUAAUAACUUGAUUCAAGUAAGUGAGUUUGAAGAUAAUGAAAUUUUUUCCAAUUUAGAGAGUUUAUUGAUUCAAUUGGGUGUUAAGGAAGUUUUAUUACCAUCAAAUUAUGAUCCUGAAGCUAAAGAAAUGAGUGAUGUUAACAAAUUAUGUCAAAUUUUGGAUAAAAUUGGCAUCAUCGUUAGUUCAUUGAAAUCUUCAGUUUUUACUGCUAGCAACAUCGAACAAGAUUUAAUCAAAUUAUUAAGUAAAGAUGAAGAUAACUUAGAAUUGAUUUUAGGUUCUAAAGGGAUUGACUCCAAUGAUUAUCAAUUGAGUUUUGCUUGUUGUAAUGCUUUGAUUACUUAUUUAAGUUUAUUGAAUGAAGAUAUCGAAAGUAAUGAAAUUAAACAUUUUACUAUUGAAAAAUACGAUUUAAUGAAUUAUAUGAAAUUGGACUCAUCAACAUUGAAUGCAUUGAACAUUUUCCCCAACAAACAAUCAAAUUUGAACAUCAAGAACAAUCAAGUAUCUUCAAUUUUCGAAUUAUUGAAUAAAUGUAAAACCACUAAUGGUUCAAGAUUAUUAUCUCAAUGGUUGAAACAACCAUUAACAAGGUUAAAUUUGAUUGAAGAACGUCAAACUUUGGUCGAAAAAUUAAUCAACGAUACUAGUUUGAGAUUAUUCUUGAUUGAAGAAGUUUUAGCUUUCAUCCCUGAUAUCAAAAGAUUAUUGAAGAAGAUAAAUAACAACAUCAAAAAGACCGGAAAUGAUAACAAAAAGUUGGAAGACGUCAUCAGAUUGUACCAAUUAUUUUUGCUUUUACCGAAAUUGAUUGAAAUGUUACAAAUGGCCAUUAAUGAAUCAAAAGAUGAUAAUCCUGAAUUGAGUGAUUUAAUCAAUAAAUAUUGGCUUGAACCUAUUAAUGAUAAUUAUGAAAAAUUGACCAAAUUCCAAGGUUUGGUUGAAACAGCAAUUGAUUUAUCACCAUUAAAUUCCAACGAUUUAACCAGUGACUUCAAUAUUAACCCCGAUUUUGAAAAUUCCUUGACUGACAUCAAUAACCAGUUGAUCUCUAAAGAACAAGAAAUCAAAAACCAACAUAUAAUGGUAGCUGAAGAUUUAGGAAUCGAUAUUGAGAAGAAAUUAAAAUUAGAAAAGCAUCAAAUUCAUAAUUGGUGUUUCAGAGUUACUAGAAAUGAUUCAGGAGUAUUAAGAAAUACAUCUUAUCGUGAAUUACAAACAGUUAAGGCUGGUGUGUUCUUUACCAAUAGUGAAUUGACUCAAUUGUCAAGAGAACAUCAACAAAUAUUGGAUGAAUAUAAUUUGAGACAAAGAGAAAUUAUUCAAGAGAUUUUACUUGUAACCUUAACAUUUGAAAGUAUUUUCACUGGAUUAUCCAUCUCAUUAUGUCAUUUGGAUGUUAUUCAAAGUUUUGCUCAAGUAUCAAUCUUAUCAUCAAUUCAAUACACCAAGCCUCAAUUAUUACCAUUAGCUGAAACCAGCAAAGAUAAGGAAUUCGACGAAAGAGUCAUUAAUUUGGUCAAUUCAAGACAUCCGAUUUUAGAAGUUCAAGAUGAUUUGAAUUUCAUUCCAAAUGAUGUUUCAAUGAAUAACGAAAACUCCAACUUUUCUAUCAUCACUGGUCCAAAUAUGGGAGGUAAAUCAACAUUCAUCAGACAAAUCGGAGUUAUUGCAUUGAUGGCUCAAAUUGGUUGUUUUGUCCCUGCAGAUGAAGGAGCUAUCCUCCCAAUUUUUGAUUCUAUUUUAUCAAGAGUUGGAGCUGGUGAUUCCCAAUUGAAAGGAUUAUCUACGUUCAUGAUUGAAAUGUUAGAAACUUCUUCCAUUUUAUCCAACUCUACUCAUAAUUCCUUGAUCAUUAUCGAUGAAUUGGGUAGAGGUACUUCAACUUAUGAUGGUUUUGGAUUAGCUUACUCUAUCCUGGAAUACAUUGUCAAGGAAAAGAAAUGUUUUACAGUUUUUGCUACUCAUUUCCAUGAAUUGACUGAAUUAUCCAAGAAGCAUGCAACUAUCAAAAACUUACAAGUUAAGGCAUUGAUUGAGAACAAUGAUGAUUUGACUUUGAUUUACAAAGUUGAAGAAGGUAUUUCAUCAAAAUCUUUCGGUAUUAAUGUUGCUGAAUUGGUCAAAUUCCCCGAGAAGAUCAUUAAUAUGGCUAAAAGAAAAGCCAGUGAAUUAAAUGAUUUGGAGAACCAAGACGAAUAUAUUAAAUUGAAAAAGACUAAAUGUUCAAAUGAAGAGAUCAAUCAAGGUAUUGAGAAUUUGAAUAAAAUCUUGGUUGACUGGAAACAACAAUGUUUUAAGGAUAAUAAAUUGGUCUACGGAGUCGACGAAUCGAUUGAAAAAUUGAAACAAUUGAGUAAUAAUGAUGAUAAGUUCUUGAAAGAGAUCAUAUCUUUACUUUAG